AUGACAAACGCCUUCAAGGUCAUCCGCUCCGAAUACCUUUUCAACAAAAUCACCUCCCAUCUCAGCCACUCUGACUUUCCCCACUGCGCCCUCGUUAACCGCUACUGGAACUCACUCUUUAGAUCUCUGGUCUGGCACACUCUCACCUUCAGUGAGGAUUUACACUCUGAGGACCCCUUUCACAAGAAACAUCGCGCCAUCCUCAACCAGUUAGGCCUCUUUAUCCGCAAAUUGUAUUCACACGACUGUCGAUCGCUCGUUUUCUUCAACGGCCCCCAAUCUCGCUGUCGUUACCUUGUGGAACUCGAAUUCACUGCCUGUCUGGCCCACGAGAGCACCACCCAGGCUGUUCAAUUGAUCCGCGAUAACUUGCAGCUCGAACGGUUGACUAUCCAGGGAGACUUUACUCUGACCCAGAACAGCGAGGCACCCCAGAACUUGUUCUCUGCUCUACUCCAGCACCCAGCUCUAACACACCUUCAACUCGACAACAUUGACACCACGAUUGACUACCUGUUUGUGCGGGCCUUACUUGCCCACCUUCCUGCGACUCUCCAGUCGCUUGUCAUGAGCUGGACCUCCAUCACGAACCUUGACCCUGAUCAGGUCAAUGCCUCCGACCCUUCCUGGCCAAUCGCAUAUCCUCAUCUUCGAUACCUCUCGAUCGACACCAAGUUCAUGGAUCAAACACGCGAGUAUCUGCUUUUCCCCCUUUUGCGCCGUUGCCCCGAACUCAUGGAAUUGUCUAUCACUCACAUGGACGAAGGGAUUACAUCCUCCUCUUCCCUACCCUCUCGUCCUGCCCACAAUCUGGCUGUUCUCAUUCGCAACCACUGUCCCAACGUUCGUCGAUUGUCUGUCGACCAUUGUCAAGAAAGCGAGUCGUUGGCUCUGAACCUUAUUGGAAUAGAAUCCUUCCAGAUUGGCAACUCUCCAUCGCUCAGUCAAUUAUGCACAGCCAUCGUUCCGAAUUGGUCUUCUUCUCUGAAAGAACUCUGUUUCCUUCGAGGAACCAGUGUCCAGAGUACUGAUAUCCAGCUCCUUCUCACAUCUUGCCCUCUUCUGACAAAGUUCGUCAUCCGGCCCGACAAGAUCCGGUAUGAUAUCAACGGUGUACUCUCACAAGGCUGUUCUGGUCUGAAGCUGACUGAGAUGACAAGGUCAAGCUGGGUCUGUUUAGGUCUUGAGCAACUUGGGUUGAGAAUCUUGGAUGACCGAUCCGUCGACGAGAGCAUUACUGCCAAAGAACAAAACCAGGCGACGGUGAUGAUGAGACGGGCGCUAGCGCAGAUAGGAGACCUUGCUCUCCUUCAACAGCUGGGGCUCGAGUGGACUCCUGUCACCAGGGCCGAUCCAAGGACGACGCAAGUUCCAAAGGACUUUGUCCAGAUGGACUUUUCUCUCUUGUGCGGUCUCAACCUGUUGAGUGGACUAAAGAAGCUGAGGAAGCUGCAGGUCUCAGUGUCAGGGCUGGCGAUGGGUCAAGCGGAGAUGGAGUGGAUUAUCGACAAUUGGCCCAAGCUGAACGUUAUUGCUGGACUCUCUCGAUCACUGUCCUCUCGCACCAGCGAAGAACUAGUCGUCAACGAUUUUUACCCAUACUUUGACAUCCUGGAAGAAGCCAAAGCAGCCUUCGCAAUGUUUGACAAGGACGCCAACAGCGAUAUCUCCAAGCGAGAGAUGAAGGAGAAGAUCUUUUACAUCUACAAGGAGCGCAAGGAUCUACAUACGGCGCGUUGA